UAUGAAUCCAUCUGUUUCCUUCCUUGAUACCGCUCUGCUAUGACCGCAGCACCAGCGUCGGCGGCACAAGCCAUAGGCGAAUACUUACAGUCCCCUGACGACCUCAUCAAGGUCUCGGCGUACCGGAAGAAACUAGAGAAAGAAAAGGCUUCGAUCGAUGCGAGGUUGAAGAAUGGGGUCAAGGAGCAGCUGCAGGCAACAAGGGAGGGGUUGAGGAAGUUGAUGAGCACGCGCAGCAAUGUCCAGGCUAUUAAGGACGAAAUGGUCACAAUGGACAAGCAAUGCAGCGAUCCUCAAAACACUGUCUCUACCUUUGACCAGAUCAGUCGAGUGUCCAUGGUUCAUCGUCAUUUCGAACAAACGGAAGAAAUGGUCAACAAUCUCCUUGAAAUGAAUUCCAAGCUUGUCAUGAUAGAGGAUCUGCUUAAUGGUGAUCGUCAGGACAUUCUUGGCCCUGCGCAAAAUCUUCUCGUCAUCCAUUACCUUCUCAAUCAACUCGAAUCGUUUCGUAACCAGACCAUGCAUCAGGCCAAGAAGGCCAGUUCAGAUUCACGGGCGACUUUGGCGCGUUGGUUUGAGAGAUUGAACACCGUCAUCGAGCAAUUCGACGAAUACAUUCUACAGUUGGCGGCUCAUGUCCUAGACAUAGUUCGCGCUGGAUAUCCUGAUGUGGUGGUACGAUUAAUCAAGGUUGCUGAAAUAGAAGGCAGGGAAGACGAGAAGGCCAUUGCCAUCCGUUUAGUGAAGAAGGCCGCUAAAAUGGAUGCUGCAUCGAAAUUUAAAUCCAUGCAAGCAAACGCUCGUGUCAUCAAACACUAUCGGUCGAAGAUUACCAGAGGCAUUGCAGAUUCGAUAAAAGCCAAAUUCGAGGAAGCGUACAAGCGCGAUGAACAGGACCCCAUCAAUUUCCUCGACAAUCUCCAAUGGAUGUAUCAAGACCUCAUUCGGAUAGAGUCUUCGGUCGUUCCUUGUUUCCCUCCAGAGUACGACAUCUACUCCCUUUAUAUCCGAGAGUACCAUAAAGCCUUAAAUGCGACCGUGAAGAAGAUGGUUGCGUCUGAGCCAGGAGCUAGCGUGCUGCUUCAUCUCUUUGAAUGGUUGAAGGAGUACAAAAAAUCCAUGAAGGAGCUUAACGUCCCGCCCGAGCUUCUGGAGCCCGCUCUCCUGGACGGAAAGGAGCAAUUGUUGAUUGAGGAUUAUUUGCAGGUUAUCGUUAAGAAACUUGACGAGUGGUCCGCUAACCUUAUGAAGACGGAAGUUGAAGAGUUUACGAUUCGUCGUGAUCCACCCGAACUUGACGCGGACGGAUUGUAUGGUGUCCAAGGCGGGGGUGCAAUACUGUUCCAGAUGGUCAAUCAGCAGAUUGAUCUGGCUAUGGAUAGUGGGCAGGGUGCCAUAUUAGCUCGCGUUGUCGCAGAGACGAACAGGGUCAUGAGGUCGUUGCAGGAUCGAUGGGUCAAGGUGAUAGAAGCGGAGUACAAAAAGCAGGUCGACAAGCCUGAUGAAGUGGCCGGUGGACUGGUGGAAUAUAUCAUAGCCCUUGCGAACGACCAAAUCAAGUGCGCAGAUUACACCGAGGCCCUUCUUGCCCGCGUCGAACCAGUGGUCUCCGAUAAAUACCGAGGCACUAUCAACGAACGGCUGAAUGACGCCAUUGACGGUUAUCUCGACGUUGCGAAGAAGUGUACACAGACGCUUAUCGACGUUAUUUUCAAUGAUCUGAAACCCGCCACUAAAAACCUAUUCCAGCCGCCCUGGUACGAGGGGAUAAUGCGUCAGAUUGUCGAGACUAUGCGCGAUUACAUGACCGACUACCAAACUUAUCUGAAUCCCUCCCUACUCGAGCUUCUCGUGGAAGAUCUCCUCGAUGCCUACCUCCUUCUUUACCUCAAUGCCCUCGCAAAUACCCCAAAGUUGAAGAUACCAGCGGCGACGGAUCAGAUCAGGGACGAUGUCCGGAUCGUGUUCCAAUUCUUCACCACGCUCAAGCAGGCAAAGGAAUUGGAAACGUACUUUGAAGUCAUCGAGAUGAUCCUGGCCCUUCUCGAGGCUUCGAAGGAUAUUGUUUUCCUGUCAUUUUGGUCGUUUGCGAGGGUUCACGGUCCGAAUAUUGCAUUUGUGGAAAGCCUUAUGAAAGCUCGCGGUGACCUUGAUCGUUCGGCGGUGAGCGAUGUCAUGGAUAGUAUUAAGCGCAAGGUCAAGGAGGAAGGAUUGACUGAUCCCCCCGAACCUACUAUUAUGAAGAGAGUGGCUAUCCAAAACUCCUUCUCCCGAUUCCUCAAUCGGUAGAGGCUGCUUUUAGUUGCCCUUCUUUCAUCUGUCUUUAUCUCGUCGCUGUCAUCACUAAUAGUUAUAGUACACGGACAUCUCACAUUUGUAUUCCAACAUGUAACUUAAUUGAUUGCAUUUACGUCUGGGUAACCGCUUUAAGUGAGCUGUAUAUGCAGAGAUGGCAAUAAAUCCAGUUUUCUAACCGUC